ACUUCUCAGAGCAGGACACAGUAGCCAGCAGCUCUUUUUGCCAGUGGUCUGUGAACAUCUGUAGUCUACAAGCUUGCAACCAUGAGCUUCUCCUCUUAUUCCACUUACUCCACUAGAGCACAGCGUCCCUUUACCUUUAGCUCUCCAUUUGCAGGAGGCAACAGUACUGCUAGCGUCCAUGCUGGGGCAGGAGGCUCAGGAGCCCGGAUCUCUGUAUCCAGGGUAUCUACAGUAGGUUCAGGUUUUGGUGGUGGCUCCAGUGCUUUUGCAUCUGGAUCUAACUUUCUAGGGGGUGUUCAGAAUGAUAAGGAGACCAUGCAAGAUCUCAACGACCGUCUGGCAUCGUACUUGGAGAGGGUGCGCAGUCUUGAAGCAGAAAAUGAGAAACUAGAGGUGCAGAUUCGCCAACAUAUGGAAAAGAAGGGACCCUCCAAGGACUGGAGCCCAUACUUCAAAGUUCUGGAGGAACUGAGGAGACAGGUAUUUGACAGCACUGUUGAGAAUUCCCAACUGGUUCUGCAGAUUGACAACGCACGUCUCGCAGCUGACGACUUUAGAGUGAAGUAUGAGUCAGAGCUGGCUAUCCGACUGUCUGUGGAGUCUGAUAUUACUGGGCUACGUAAGGUCAUUGAUGAUACCAAUGUUUCCAGAUUGAACUUGGAGAAUGAGAUUGAGUCUCUAAAGGAAGAGCUGAUUUUCUUGAAGAAGAACCAUGAAGAUGAGGUCAAUCAACUCCAUGCUCAGAUAGCUGGUUCUGCAGUAACCGUGGAAGUGGAUUCCCCCAAAAGUCAAGACCUUGGUAAAAUUAUGGCAGACAUCCGGGCACAGUAUGAUGUACUGGCACAGAAGAACCGUGAAGAUGCAGAGAAGUGGUACCAGUCAAAGGUGGAGGAACAUACAGUACAAAUAACACAAGACAGUGAGGCUCUUCAUUCUGCAAAGACUACAGUAACAGAAAUAAGACGCAACCAACAGUCUCUAGAAAUUGAACUCGAGACUCUACGAAACCAGAAACUAAAUCUUGAAAAUUCUCUCCAUGACACUGAAUCUCGGUAUGCAAUGGAACUUGAGAUGCUAGGUGGCAGUGCCCAAUCUCUUGAGGCAGAGCUGACACAAAUACGCAAUGACUGCCAGAGACAGCAGCUUGAGUACCAGAGUCUACUCAACGCCAAACAAAGACUGGAGAACGAAAUCCAGACAUACAGACGUUUGCUUGAUGCAGAUGAUUUUGAUUUUGAUCUCCAAGAUGCAGUUUCAGCAUCAACAACACAGACUGUGAAGAAGGUCAUCACAACAACACAGAAGAUAAUUGAUGGAAAAGUUGUAUCAGAAAGCAAUGACACACAUGUACUUAAAUCCUAACUGUCCCCUCCACCACCUGGAAGCAUUAUUUGACAGUCCAGUGCAUUUCAAUAAAGAUUCAAGGUUUUAAGAUC